GAGAGAGAGAGAAUAAGAGCCAAAAUGCAGCUGCUCUCCUGGAUUCGGGGUUAGCCACAAAUAAAAUGACAGAGGGGAAGUGCACGAGCCCGGAGACACCUUCAUCAAUUAAUGCCCUCAGACUCGAAGCUUAUUGGACGCCGCUGACAGGUGAUGCAAUAAAAAUGGAUAUUCCACCCCCUGACACCCCCCUCUCAAACCCCCCGUUGAUUACCAUACUAUUGUACCUCCACCUCCGUUUGUUAAGUAUGCUAAAUAAUUCCGCUAUGACAAGUUCAUAUUUCAAUAUUGUUUUUUAAUAGAUGAAGUGGUAUAGCUGAACUUGCUGAAAUGGGCAAGUCGUCUUCUAUAUCCUGCUAGUAGGCUAUUUAUGGCGUUAUGCCUAUAUCGCUGUCAGUCAAACAACGUGGGAUUAUUGAGAGCACAAAUAUCAUUUCAAAGAAAUAUAGGCCAAUAGAUGGCAUAUCAUUUUCAUGGUUAAAUUCAGACAUGUUUGAAUUCAGACGUCUGUCAAUCUGUCUUAACCCCCUUGCUAAUUAUAUUGUGAAGGUUUGUUGUAACAUUCUUUCAAAUGGACUCAGACAAAGAGAUUUACAUUUUUCACCUGAGUAGAACGCUGUUUGAACUCCCAAAUGUAGAGUUAUGUCGGGGUACUCAAGGAAAUUAAUCUUAAGCAUGAGUUUUUUUUUGUUAUUUCGUGAAUUGUCAAAGGUGAAAGGGGAUCUCAUUCUAACGACGAUUUAGCCAAACCUUUACGCAUAGCGACACAUAUAUGCAUGGGCGGCUUGUUAUUUCAGAAUUAAUACAAACAUAGGCAUACAUACACCAUUUUGUUAUAUUUGAUUAUUAUAUUUGAUGAGUUUUCGAUACCAUUCUACAUUUUGUUGAAUGCAUUUAGGUUGAAACUUGGUGAAUGGUCAAUGUGUGUGUGUGUGUGUGUGUCUGUGUGCCCUCCUCUUACAUUUUGUAUUAAUUAAGGAUCCCCAUAGCGUGUGUGUAUCUCUUCACAGUCCGCGUUGUUCCAUAAGGUGUAUUUGUAUAUUUUCAGGCUUGGAGAGACUUUGGGUCAGCGUGCAUUGCCGUUCACCUCGGUAUUAAUGGUCAGUCUUUCUCGCGGUCUUAUUCUAAACCGAUAGAUAUGCUAUUUCUAUCUCAGCCACCGAGUCUGCUGUUCCCUGGUCCACCACGAUAAAAACAUGAGCAACGUGACGGACGAUUUGUCUGGGAAAAGCUCUAGCUUUCACUUGCUGUAAAAGUGCACGCUCAGAGUUGAUUUUCCCCAAGGCCUCUUCUGCAAACGUGAUAAUAAUUAAUAUCAGGUUUAUUAUAGGCCUAUUGAACAUAGGCAUAUCAGUAUGUAUUUUUGUAAAACACACACACUGUUUAAGGCUCUAUCAUGCACAUGUUGAUAAUGGGUUGAUAUUCUGAGAGCAGAGCAGGGUGAAGCUGAGAGGAGAAAUGUCACACUGUGCCAUAUCAUCACUAAACUGCGCCCUGCUCCUAAUGUAAAGAGGCCUUUAAUGGGUUGUUAAUUGUUGUUGUUGUUGUUGUUGUGUGUGUUCGUGUGAGACAACAAGCAUGCAUAUGAGAUAUAUAUGAUCAUUAAUGAUGACGGUUUAACCCGUACAAGUAUAUUUCCCUUGGUUUUAUCGCUAAUUUUGGUAAAUUUACGGUAUAGGCCUAGGCUUCGCAGCUCUCAGUGAGCCCGCAGAUGAUCUGGAGAAAUGACCGGCGAUGGCGUUAUACGGACUCGUUGAAUUGUGAAAUUAACGAAAAGAGAACAUGCAAAUCAUGGAAACUGUUUCUGAGGCACAUAGUCGCGGGUUAGAAUAGCCAUAGUGAGGCAUAACAUAGGUAUAGGCUAUAUAAUAUUUGUCUAUAAAUACUUUACCAAUACUCCCGAGUGGCGCAGCGGUCUAAGGCACUUCAUCUCAGUGCAAGAGGCGUCAAUACAGUCCCUGGUUCGAAUCCAGUCUCUAUCACAUCCGUGAUUGGGAGUCCCAUAGGUCGGCGCACAAUUGGGACCAGAGUCGUCCGAGGGAAGGCCGCCAUUGUACAUAAGAAUGUGUUCUUUAACUGACUUGCCUAGUUAGAUAAAGGUUACAUUUUUUUAAACGUAAAGUUGCAGAGGAUUGUGGUGAGGGAAGGAUGUAAGAAAAGGUGCGAGGGGGUGUGAGUGAGAGGGAGAACUUUGGAAUUCUACAUCCUGCCCUUGCAGUUUAAUUCCAUAACAAUAUAAAGAACGCAUUGUUGGUUGGUGCUUUUCCACUAAGGAGCUCCAAUAUACUUCGAUUAUUUGUGAAAGGUAGGCUACAUUGGGGAGUGUUUUCUUUGUUUGUUUAUUUAGCCUAUUUGUUUGUUAUUUUGUUAUAUUAUUAUAGGCUAUAAUGUCAACGAAGUGGUUGUUGUAAUUGUGAUGAUUCACACUAUUCAAUGGAUGACUCCGUCAUAUUACCGACAUAAGAACUCCAGUCUCACCUUCACAGAAAGAAAUACACAACUUCCUGACUCAUUUGUUGUACUACUCUGCUUCAGUCCUACACAGCCGGUUCUAUGGGCCAUAUAUUAUCAUCAAGUCUUUAGGCGCUUCUAAACCACUAUUGCACAUUCAUUAACGUGUGUUUACUUAGCAGCCUGUGAUCCAGGGCCAGGUACAAGUGGAAGCACAUCCCGGCCUGUAGCUCCCUGCUGAGAUCGAGGGCUGAGCGGUGUCAGCAGGCCGCAGAGUCGGGAGACCAAAUGGCCUGAUAUUACUAUCGAUGCUGAACUGUACGCACCGUCAUUAGGAGGUUUUCGGUUCCACCUGAAUUGUGUGUGUAGCGUAUAUACGUGGUAAGUAGCCUACAUGUACUAAGUAGGCAAGGAGGAAGGCACAAUUUGCAUGAGACACUUAGUCUUUCACCUCUGUGUGUGUGUGUGUGUGUGUGUGUGUGUGUGUGUGUGUGUGUGUGUGUGUGUGUGUGGCGGGGGGGGGGUGUCUUUAAUCCAACCCAGCCCACAUCAUGACUUUUCCCAAUUGUACCAUCUUCAGUGAACCGAGUUAUCAUGCAUAAAGUAUUCUAUAGCUUUUGAGGUGUGUGUGGAUAAUUGUUUUGCCUUCGGAUGGACAAAGGAGAAGGGUCCUCUGUUUGCAGAGCUCCACCACCCUGAGGCCUGAUCCGUGGGGAUUACGGCUCUACCUCUCCAGCUCUGCCCGGCCACAGAGAGCCAAAGAUAGCCGGGCUGGAGAAUGUUUGGUUGGAUAAAACAUAUGGUUUGAUCUCGCCUUGCAGAUAUAAAAACGUUCGUAGCUUCAUCAAUACUCAUCAAUACUUUAUGCAGAUGUCAUCACAGUUCUGUUCGGAACAUUGUCUGAAGUCACUCGGUCUGAAGAAGUUAGCAGACAGACAGAAAUAUAAGGCCUGUCUGUUUUCGGGUUGAGGGAAUGUCGGCAUAGCAAAUCAUUGAGUUUACAGGCCAACAGAAUAAAUCUCGUCUGAUUGGACACUGAACGUUUUUAGCCCUUAUAACACAUAUGUUUGCUGUCAUAGGUUAACGAUCCUGUUAUGAAUAAAACAAUAAUAAUGAAGUAAAGUGACACGUUCACAGGGUCAGGGGGAAUCAUGUAUAGGGCUAUCAAAAAUUAUGCAGAAAUUGAUACGAUGAUUUGUAGGCCCCUACUCAUCGAUCCAUCUCCAAUAAUUUCUUAAAUUGACGUUCCCUGAAUUAAUCAAUGACGCGUAAAAAUAAGGUAUUUUUUUGUCCUGCAAUAGAUAUUUAAAUGAUGUGAUGAUGCAGAAAAGACGCAUGUGCCCCAUCGGAUCAACCCAAAGGGCAAUUAAAAAAUGUGACAAAGUAGACUGAAUGUUUUGUAUUUAACCCGUUACCAAACCUAUAGUCUACAACCCAUAGCCUAAAUUCACUGAUAUUGUAGGCUAAAGACCCUCGAAUCAUUAUUGUGUGUAACAAGGUAAAUUAGGCCUACUGUGAAUUUCAUUUGUGUAAUUUCAGGGUAUGGGGAAACCUACAGCGCAUAUUUUUUGUUAUAAAGGCCAACAUUUUAUACAACCUUAAAGAAUGAAUCAAAAUACAAAAAAUAUAUAUUAUUUUAUGUGAAAACCCUAAAUGUAUAUUGAGUAUUUGUUCAUGGUCCGUGCUAUUCCCCUGUACUCUAUAUGAACCUCCCUAUUGCAGCUCGGUAUUUUCUUGCUCUGGAUAGUGUUUUAAGUUCGACAUUUUUAAACCACGCAUUUGUUUACCCAUUACACAUUGUUUUCUUAUAUAAGCUAAACGUUUGGGCUGCUCUUUCGUUUUGUGUUGCAGUUCUGUAGCCUAUUUAACAUCGAUAUUCCUAUCAGCUGCUACAGGCUAUUCAGAAGUUGUGGCUACUGUUGCCUGCGUUUCUCCGGCCCAUUGUGAGAGGAGCCCCCUCGGUCCCUCUCUUCUCUUCUCUCCCUCUGAGCUCAGCCGGUCAGGCCGGUGGACUGCAGAUGACUCACGCCCCAGAGCGGCACAUCAGCGUGCUGCACCUCAGCGAGCUGCAUGGAAGCUCAAUAAUACCCGGGGAAUACCGCGACCAGAGAGACCCGACUGUCAGACUAGCCUCCUGCCUUUCCAGGGGCGCACAUUCAUCACUCGGGCGGAUAGAUAUGUUUGUUGUAAUGUGCACGUGUGCUUUUGGCGAAGACAUGGCUGCGCAGAUGGAGGAGAUUGGCGGAUUAGAGCGAGUGGAAGAUGGUCUCCGGCGAGCUGUGCCUGGCAGCGGACAACGACUUUUUGGCAAAUAAUAUGAAGGAGAUGAUUGGAGGUUGCUGCGUGUGCUCAGACGAGAGAGGCUGGGCAGAAAACCCUCUCGUCUACUGUGACGGUCACGGCUGCAAUGUUGCAGUCCAUCAAGCGUGCUAUGGCAUCGUGCAGGUGCCCACUGGACCCUGGUUCUGCAGGAAGUGUGAAUCUCAGGAGAGAGCAGCCAGAGUGAGGUGUGAGCUUUGCCCCCACAAAGACGGUGCCCUCAAGAGGACAGAUAACGGAGGUUGGGCCCAUGUGGUGUGUGCCCUCUACAUCCCAGAAGUGGAGUUUGCUAAUGUCUCCACCAUGGAACCCAUCGUACUGCAGUCUGUACCCCACGAUCGCUACAACAAGAAGUGUUAUAUCUGUGAGGACCAGGGCAGAGAGAGUAAAGCUGCCACCGGAGCCUGCAUGACCUGUAACAAACAUGGCUGCCGACAAGCCUUCCAUGUCACAUGUGCCCAGUUUGCUGGGUUGUUGUGUGAGGAGCAAGGGUCGGACGCAGACAACGUCAAAUACUGUGGCUACUGCAAGUACCACUACAGCAAACUGCGAAGGAGCAGGGCCCGAGGUAGUAGGGCUCAGAGCCUUAGUGACUCUUCCUCUCAGUGUUCGGAUAAACUCCUUGACCACCAAGACGACAAGAAACACAAAGAGAGGGAGAGACACAAACCCAAACACAAGAAGACUCUAGAGCUCUCCCCUUCCCUCGCUUCAACUCUCAUGCUUGCCUCAGACAAGAGUUACAACAGCAGCAGCAGCAGUGGUGGGGUAGUCUCCGCUAUGCCUGCCGCCUCUCAAAAGCGAUUGGAUGACAGCGCAGCCCGUUUCACCACUGCCAACUUCCAGGAAGUGCCGGUGCACUCCGGGGGUUUAAAGGACAGCCCCCCCACAGGGUCAGAAGGCAAACCGGGGUCGGAGGUCAAACAGGGCAAGAAGAGCAUUAGCCAAGGGAUUGGUGUUCAGCGCGGACGCAAGUCCCUCACACCUGGGAAGCCCCUCCCCUCUGCUGUGGUCACUACGGCAACCUCCUCCACUGCCGCCUCCUCCACUGGAACCUUUCAUCAAGCUCUCCUGCUGUCCAAUAAGACGUCUUCCACCUUGACUCCUCCCACAUCUGACUUCCUGGGCUUCUCUGAUCCGUUGCUACGCUCCGGUGGUGGGGACUCCUUUUCUUCGCCCUCAUUCAGCCGUUGCCUAGUGAAGCCCAGUGAGGUCACGGCCUCGGAGGGCAUGGCUUCGCUCAGUACCUUCGGAUCAAUGAUGUCACUUCCUGGUGGCGUAGCUGGUGGUAAACUGUACGAGAACUCUCACAGCGAGCUGACGGGGAACGUUGCUUCCACAGCUGGCUACAAACGCCCCUCAUCAUCCUCCUCUUCCUCUGCUGGGUCCUCCUCUGGGCCAAGUAUGGGGGAAGGAGGAGAAGAAGGGGUGAAGAAGAAGAGAGGAAACUGGAGGAACCGAUACGGUCCCUGCUUCAGUGUCCCGGACGGCAAGGCUACAGACGGACCUGAGCACCACACAGCACCGCUACCUCUCCCCUCCUCUUCUCUCUGCUCCACCUCAUCCGCCUCGCCGUCCCCCUCCUCUACCAGCGCUCUGCCAGGCCGGCCCGGAGGAGAGAGAGUAGGAGAGAGAGGAGGUCUGCUGGGUGUUGGUGUUAGCGUUGGGAUCCAGAAGUCUCCUUCCCUACUGAGGAACGGCAGUCUGCCGUGUCACGGAGUCACCUCUACUCCCUCUGGCACCGGUGCGUUCUCCAGUUGUGAUGUGUCGUCAGGGGUGGGACCUGCUCCUAUGAGUGGAGCUAACUCUGAGUUGCAACAGCCGAUGGCCUCCCUAGCUCCUCCUAGUCCCUUCACUGCCACAGCCCCCAUGAUCAACACGGUCUCCCCCCAUGUGAGUGGGUUACCAGGUCCAGUGUUCAACAUGGCUCCCUCCCACAUGUUUGGAAACCGACUCAACCCUAACUCUGCCAUGGCUGCCCUCAUCGCACAGUCUCAAGCUUCCCCCGCAGAUCAGGAGGUAGGAGAUGGAAACAGCAUUGCAGCUCCAGGCUUCUCCAGACGAGCCUCUCCCAAGACCACCCUCUGUCCGCGUUCUCCUCUAGGUGGGCUGCAGAUCCGGUAUGACCCAGGAGGGUCGUUGGGGUCAGGUUUGGGGGGGCUUGGGUCAGGUCAGGGAGGGGGAGACACAGUACCCCCGGUGGCCACCUCUAUAGAACAGCUGCUGGAGAGACAGUGGAGUGAUGGACAACAGUUCCUACUGCAGCAGGGAGCACAGGGAGAUGUGUUGGGGAUGUUGAAGUCCCUUCACCAGCUGCAGCAGGAGAACAGGCGUCUAGAGGACCAGAUUAAAACUCUGACCAUGAAGAAAGAGCGACUGCAGCUCCUGUCAGCUCAGCUGUCUGUGCCUUUCACCCCUACUACUGCUGCCCAAGAUGUGAAGAGUGACUCCUCUCUACCCAUACCUGCUCAGGUAAGGCAGUUGAAGCUCCAGCACAUAGAUAGCGUGUCAUGUGGUCGUAGUAGUGGUGGAUCUACCUCUUCUCUGUCCACCCCCCCCUCCGUCUCUCACAGCCCCCCCCAGCCGCAUCAGCUCAACGGGGUUGCCAUGGGAACCAUGAUGCUGGGAGGUGGAGCCGGGCCAGGGAUGGGGGGGAUAGUGGGGGUUUUGAACGGAGUCAUACAGACCACCUCCAGCCCUCACACAUACACACAUACCUCUGCACCGGGCACCAGCGCCACUCUGCCCAUCUCCAGCUCCAUUAACAACAGGUUGGGUGCCUUGUCUGAACAGCAGAGGCUCUUACUGCACCAGCACCAACUACAGCAGCUACUCUCUUCACAGCCCUCUGCGGAACAGCAGCAGGUGUUGUUUUACCAGUUGAUGCAGCAACAACAGGACCUCCAUCAACUUCAAUCUCUCUCCACCUCCUCCCAGCAUCCCUCCAUCCCUCUCUCUUCCACUCAGCUGCCCAUCACCUCCCUCCUUUCCUCCUCCCACGUCCACGGCCAGGGCACCAUCACCGCCAACCCCUUCCUGGCACUGCACACACACUCACACCCUGAUACACACACACACGCCACUGCACAGAAACCCCGGCUGGCUGAAAAGGCUGUGGGCCUCACUGGACAGGAGAAGACCUGACCCACAAAACAGCUCUCUCACUUUUUCUGUUGCGCAUUCUCUUUUUCUCUCUCUCCUCUAUCCAUCUCUCUCUCUAUCCAUCUCUCUAUCUCUCAGGGGUCUCCACAAUCAUAUGAACUCUGAUCAGUGCUGUGCUUUCAGCACACAAGUUAGCCCACAUAGAACUACAAUUACUACAAACUACAAAAAUAUCAGGACACUAACACAGCUGACUGAUGACUCAUAGCUCUGCUGGAGAGAUGAGGUCUGGGAACUAUGACAUUGUAGUUUUAGGAGAGGCAGGAGUCCUGCACUGGACAUGUAACUGCUGUUACCUCUGUCUGUCUGAGCAUAAGACCUAACCAGCGACCACUCUCUAAUGUAAGACUGACUGACCGCUCAGCUAUGGAAGCCUUGCUAUGACUGUCUUUUUCUGCUCUACCUACUUCACACACCAGCCUAUCAGGGCCCGCAACCUUCAGCAUCGGCCAAUAGGAAUCCACAACAGUCAGUAAUGGCAAGUCAGGGUCCAUUCCCCAAGUGCCUAAGGCUGAGGGGGAGGGUUACUCAUGCUACUCGACCUGUCAGUCAUCCAUUCUCACCAUAUUACUGGCUGUCAAGCUGCGUUGACCAGGCAAAAGGUCAUGCAACACAUUCUGAAAAGCUGGAAACCAGGAAAUGUAUUUUGCAGGGUUCACAAAAUACCGAAACCAACUUUAUGAAUUCUGUUUUUAUUUAUUUAGCAUUUCUUUAUGUUAUAAUGGGUGCAGGAUGCUAUAUUUUAAAAGUACCCACUGUUCUUCAAGAAUUUGUUUUAUACUGCUGUUUAAAGUUUUUCACACAUCUUGCUGUUAACAUUUUUGAUGGGAAAAAAAGUUGUGUAUUGAUAAAGAUUGAACUACUGGCGAAUGGAGGUGGUUUGUGGUGGUGAUGGUGUACAUAGCUGUUAUUGUCAGAAGAGGUGUGGGUUCAAUGCCACAGUUUUGACUUUGUGUAAAUAAAUAUAUAUUUUUCAUUGCCUGUGGGGUGUAAAUAAGUGAUUGUGAUUGGCAGUGUUGGUGUAAAGGAUAGCCAAUGAAGCCUAAUUUUGUGUGUGUAAAUCUUAGGACCAGACUACAGGCGAUGGUGACUGGACACAAAGUAUUAAUUUAUUUUUAUAUGUGCAGGGACAUUGUUUUGUUGUUGUUUUUAUUUGUUUUGCACCGUCAUUUUAUACUCCACCUCUGGGCACCAUGUUUCCAUCUGUGUUCACUUUUGUUUAGAUCAAUUUUGUACAACUGAAAAAUCAUAACCUCCUCAAAUGUUUGUAUUUCAAAACACCAAAAUGUUCUGGAUAAAUAAAGAGACCGACUGAUGGUAAAAAGAGUCAGCGUAGCCAGUGGGACAACAUUAUUGGAGUGAGAAGAUGGUUGAAGCUUGAUUAACAGCUCUGUUUAAGUGCUUUUUGUCAACAGCAUUUUUACACUUUGGUUGAAUAAAGAACAGAUCUACCUCCUCUAA